UCGCUUGUGUACACUGUCAAACCUUAUUUUGAUGUAGAGACAGAGUUCUGAAGUACAAGUUCACUAAUUUCGCUGGCCUUUCGCAGUGGGAGGCACGCAGAGCUGUAUGUUACAAGUAUGAGUUUACCUCUACAUUGUUUGCUUUUGGAAAAUUGUGUUUCAUUGUAGCGCAGCUCCUCAGUUUACAGAACCGUUAAACAAACUAAAAAGUAACUGUCGACUGUCACAAGAAUGACCAUGAAACAACAAUUGUUGCUCAUCACCGAACAAUAAUGAAACACAAUAACAGCUGGCUCUGCUCCAGCAUGUAUCACCCAGCGCGUCUUUGUGGAUUCUGCACGGCGUGAGGAAAGGGCGACCGUUCCCUGUCUCUUUAAAUGGGACAGCAGUGAAGCCGCUUGUCAAUCUCAUCCCAGCAAGACCCUCCCUUUCCUGCAGCAGCUCCUGGUGCCAGAGUGAAAUGGGGAGACCUGAGCGCAGCAGCGGCGAGGAAACGGAGUAAAAAAAAAAAAAUCUGGAUAAAAUGCGUGUCAACAUUCCCGUCUAAAACAUGGGAUAACAGGGCGAACAGAGCACGAAUCCACCCGCGAACUCCCACCGCAAUGGGACAAACUGGGUAUCGCCAAUAGACGGGAUCCUUAUUUUGAUAUUCCAUCUGCUUGGGAACUGGUACAAUAGCGCCUGUAACAACUGGAGAUGAUAAUAAAAGAGGAUGUCCCUCUGUGAAGAUGCAAUGGUUCUGGAUUCAACUGCAACGAGAGGCGUCCGGUGAAAAAACGCAGGGAAAGGAAACCCUUUUCUGUGGAAGAAGACUUUUCGUUCUUUGCCAUCUUGCGGGGAGACAGAUGUUCCCAUUGUCGUACUCCGAUAUUUAUUCAUUUCGGAACCUCGCAGACAAAAACACUGGAGACGGAGAAUGCGCCUUGGAUUCAACCUACUGGAUUCAGACAUCCACACUAAGCGGUCCGUGUUUGUAUUACUAGUCCCGAUUUAAAAUAAAUGAAUAAUUGUCAGCGAGAUAAGCCGUAGAAGACUUAAAAAGCCAAGGGACAAUCUGGAAAAUAGAAAAAAAAAACUUCCAAGAGACGCAAUCUUUAUAAUGAAUGUGUAUGUAAUUGGGCACUCCACAUUGGUAAGUUUAAUUUUAUUUACCAGCUAGGAGUAACUAAGUAGUGAAAAGGGAUUAUUUUAAUGAAAAGUAAGCCGUACCGUAGUCAUAGCAUUUAUCACAGCGCAGCAUAAUCAGAACAACAACAAUGGUGGAACCUGUGGGUUUUGUUGAAGCCUGGAAAGCGCAGUUCCCCGAAUCGGAACCUCCCAAGAUGGAGCUAAAAUCCGUCGGGGAUAUCGAACAGGAGCUGGAGAAAUGCAAGGCUUCCAUCCGGAGGCUGGAGAUGGAGGUGAACAAGGAGCGCUUCAGGAUGAUUUACCUGCAGACGCUGCUGGCCAAGGAGAAGAAGAGUUACGACCGCCAGCGGUGGGGGUUCCGGAGAGUCUCCCACAUGAACGAGGCGGGGGGGUCCGACCAGCCGAGCAGCCCGGACCCGCCGCAGCCGCACCCCCACGAGUCGGGGGAGGGGGACAGGAGUAGGUACCACCCGGCCGGCGAGGAGAAAUUUAAGCCCAGGCCUCCCCCCGUUAGGAAAGCGUCAUCGCAGGGCGAAGGACCGGAGCCCCCACCCGCUGUGGAAGUGCUCUACCCGGGGGAGGCGGGCGAGGCGGACAGGUGCAAAUACCACGGCGACGACAGGUUCAAGAGGCACCCGGAGGACAGCGAAGUGGACAGCGCGUCCCCCUCCAAGCAGAGGGGGGUGGCCCCGGGGCGCCGGGCCACCGCCGGGCCCCCGCCUCCCGAGAGGGAGGACUCGUCGCCCAGGGAGAAGGUGGGGAUGAGCGUGGCGGCGCUGCGGUCCAACUUCGAGCGCAUCAAGCGGGCCAACUCCCACUCGUCUGGGGAGGGGAAGGGCGGCGGGGCGGAGAAGCCCUUCUACGUCAACAUGGAGUACCACCACGAGAGGGGGCUGGUGAGGGUCAACGACCGGGAGGUGUCGGACAAGAUCAGCACCCUGGGGAGCCAGGCCAUGCAGAUGGAGCGCAAGAGGUCCUUGCACUCCCUGCCGGGGAGCCUGGCCGCCGGGGCGGGCGAAUACCGCCGGCCCGUCUACAGGGGCCGGUCCACGGAGGCCAGCUGUGGCUACGACGCGGAGUACGAGGACGCGGAGCUGAACCCCCGCUUCCUGAAGGACAACCUGGUCCGCGCGAACGGGGGCAGGGCGGAGAGGCCGGCGGCGGACUUCCAGCCGUACACCAGCGUCUACGUGGGGGGGAUGAUGGGGGACGGGGACGGCAAGGGCGUCAGCGCGCGGGACCACGGGGAGCAGGACAAGCAUCUCACCUGGCCCCGCCGCUCCUACUCGCCCGGCAGCUUCGAGGACGGCGGGGGCGGCUACACGCCGGACUGCAGCUCCAACGAGAACCUGACGUCCAGCGAGGAGGACUUCUCCUCGGGCCAGUCGAGCCACGUGUCCCCCAGCCCCACCACCUACCGCAUGUUCCGCGAGAAGAGCCGCUCGCCCUCCCAGAACUCCCAGCAGUCCUUUGACAGCAGCAGCCCCCCCACCCCGCAGUCCCAGAAGCGCCACAAGCAGCAGGUGGUCGUGUCGGAGGCCACCAUCGUCGGGGUGCGGAAAACCGGGCAGAUCUGGCCCCACGAUGGCGACUCCACGCCGUCCAGCAGGGCCUCGCAUGACAACAGUUUCCACGGAGAUUUAGAUGCCUCCUUCAGCGGGACGCCGCCCACCUAUGGCUACGACGCGGACCGGGCGGAGGAGCAGCGGCGGCACCAUGACAUGAUGCCCUACAUCGACGACUCGCCCUCCUCCUCCCCUCACCUGAGCUCCAAGAGCCGGGGCAGCAGGGACACCCUGUCCUCCGGAUCCUUGGAGUCCUCCAAGUCGGGUGAGCUGGACCUGGAGAAAGGCCUGGAAAUGCGCAAGUGGGUGCUGUCUGGGAUCCUGGCCAGUGAAGAGACAUACCUCAGCCAUCUGGAGGCCUUGUUGCUGCCCAUGAAGCCGCUGAAGGCCGCCGCCACCACGUCUCAGCCUGUGCUGACCAUGCCGCAGAUCGAGACCAUCUUCUUCAAAGUGCCUGAGCUCUACGAGAUCCACCGCGAGUUCUACGAUGGCCUUCUGCCCCGAGUGCAACAGUGGAGCCACCACCAGUGCGUUGGAGACCUGUUCCAGAAACUGGCCAGUCAGCUUGGGUUGUACCGGGCCUUUGUGGACAACUACGAGAUCGCCGUGGAAACCGCAGAGAAGUGCUGCCAGGCCAACUCGCAGUUUGCCGAAAUCUCGGAGAAUCUAAAGGUCAGAAGUACCAAGGAUUCCAAGGACCAAACCUCCAAGAACUCUUUGGAAACUCUCCUCUACAAGCCUGUUGACAGAGUAACCCGCAGCACUUUGGUCUUGCAUGAUCUGCUGAAGCACACUCCCUCCGGUCACCCAGACCACCCGCUGCUGCAGGACGCACUCCGCAUCUCCCAGAACUUCCUGUCCAGCAUCAACGAGGAGAUCACCCCUCGCCGGCAGUCCAUGACGGUGAAGAAAGGCGAGAACCGGCAGCUCCUGAAGGACCGGUUCAUGGUGGAGCUGGUGGAAGGGGCUCGCAAGCUACGUCACGUCUUCCUCUUCACCGACCUGCUGCUCUGCGCCAAGCUGAAGAAGCAGAUCGGGGGGAAGAGCCAGCAGUAUGACUGCAAGUGGUACAUCCCCUUGGCUGACCUGACCUUCCAGACCAUAGAUGAGUCCGAUUCCUCGCCCAUCCCCCAGCUCCCGGACGAGGAGAUCGAUGCCAUGAAGAUCAAGAUCUCCCAGAUCAAGAACGAAAUCCAGCGGGAAAAGAGGGCUAACAAAGGGAUAAAGGUGAUUGAGAGGUUGAAAAAGAAGCUCUCAGAACAGGAAUCUCUGCUGCUGCUCAUGUCACCCAACAUGGCCUUCAGAGUACACAACAGGAACGGCAAGAGCUACAUGUUCUUGAUCUCUUCUGACUAUGAACGCGCAGAAUGGAGAGAAAUCAUCCGGGAGCAACAAAAGAAAUCAGGUUUCAAGAGUUUUUCCUUGACCUCGGUGGAGCUGCAGAUGCUGACAAACUCGUGUGUGAAGUUGCAGACGGUACACAACGUCCCACUGACGAUAAACAAAGAAGAUGACGAAUCUCCUGGACUCUAUGGGUUUUUGAAUGUAAUCGUCCACUCCGCCUCAGGGCUCAAGCAGAGCUUAAACCUCUACUGUACAUUGGAAGUUGACUCCUUUGGCUAUUUUGUGAAUAAAGCGAAGACGCGAGUAUACAGGGAUACAACAGAACCUAACUGGAACGAGGAAUUUGAGAUUGAGCUGGAGGGAUCCCAGACGUUGAGGUUACUCUGUUAUGAGAAGUGUUACAACAAAACCAAGCUCAACAAAGAAGAUGGUGAAAACACAGACCGAAUCAUGGGCAAAGGCCAAAUUCAGCUGGAUCCUCAGAGCCUGCAGGGGAAAGACUGGCAGAGAACAGUGAUAUCUAUGAAUGGGAUUGAAGUUAAACUGUCCAUGAAGUUCACCAGUCGGGAAUUUAGCUUGAAGAGAAUGCCCUCGCGGAAGCAGACGGGUGUCUUUGGGGUUAAAAUCGCCGUAGUGACCAAACGAGAGAGGUCGAAGGUGCCGUACAUUGUGAGGCAGUGCGUGGAGGAGAUUGAGAGGCGAGGCAUGGAGGAAGUGGGCAUCUACAGGGUGUCGGGGGUGGCCACGGACAUUCAGGCCUUAAAAGCAGCUUUUGAUGCCAACAACAAGGACGUGUCCGUCAUGAUGAGCGAGAUGGAUGUGAACGCCAUCGCAGGCACCCUGAAGCUGUAUUUCCGGGAGCUCCCUGAGCCUCUCUUCACUGACGAGCUCUAUCCCAACUUCGCUGGAGGGAUCGCCCUGUCUGACAGCGUGGCCAAGGAGAGCUGCAUGCUAAACCUGCUCUUGUCAUUACCAGAGCCAAACCUCGUCACUUUCCUCUUCUUACUGGACCACUUGAAGAGAGUGGCUGAAAAGGAAGGCAUCAAUAAGAUGUCUCUCCACAAUCUGGCCACAGUCUUUGGACCUACCUUGCUCCGCCCCUCUGAGAAGGACAGCAAGAUUCCAGCCAAUCCCACGCAGCCAAUUACUAUGAGUGACAGCUGGUCACUGGAGGUCAUGUCACAGGUCCAGGUUUUACUGUAUUUCCUUCAGUUGGAAACUAUCCCCACGCCCGACAGCAAACGGCAGAGCAUCCUCUUUUCAACUGAGGUGUAGCCCAGCUCUCCGAAUCCCACUUCCCUGUGUGUGACCUCCAGCCGUCUGAAACUUUCACAAGACAGAAAAGAGGACACUUGUGUGAGAUUUCUAUGGCUGUCAGGCCAGUGCGGUCUGCGGCUGACUGUGCAAGGUGAAGAAAUUUAAGGACCUGACGUCUGUGUGUCACAUAACCACCAGAGGGAGCUAGUGACACAGGAACGAGAUGAGAAGUUUGACACAGCAUUGCUUUGAGUGUGCGUCAUUUUACUGAUCCCUCAGUUCAUGUCUUGUCUGACACCAGUACAUUUAGAAAAUCAAUACUUAGGAAACUUUUUCUUUCAUUUCAGACGUCUACACCUCUAUCGGACAUAGAUCUGAGUUCACGUCUUGAAGUGUAGACAGACUAAACAUGUACAUUUAAUUUUGAAAUCGGAAAUGGCAGUAGGAGAAUACGAGCAUCACUGUGCUUUUCAGAGCUGUUGCACACUUAUAAACUGUCCACCAGUGCUCAUAUUAUGAUGUUUUCUUUGAGUAGUUUUGAUCACUCACUUUUCUUGCUUCGGUAGCUGUGUCUGUAUGUUAUAUAUUCAUUCUUCUGUUAGAGGACAGAUUAUUCAGUCAUGAGUGUUCACGCUUGGCCUUUUUUUUCUAGUGAACUACCUUUCACUAGAAAUGCCGGUGAAGGAGUGAAAAGGCUUUAGAGCCGAACCUGAGAGUCCAGACAGUGCAGCUUUGUGAACAUGGUCUUGGAUACGUGAUUGGUGGAGUGUUCUUAAAGUGCUGGAGCUACUGCUUUACUUGGGAGGUCACUGUUGAAGCUUGCUUAUAAUUACACUUUGUGUCCCAUUCAAGCAGACAAAAAGUCCCAAAUGGUUAACGAAGUGAGAGACUUAAAGCCUACAUGUACAUCUGUGGAGUGAUAUACAGUAUAAAGCUGAAAUAUCACUCAGAGUGAGAGUUCUGUCAGAGCUUCUCUCUGAAAGACAGACCCGUAUGGGACUCCUAGCCAACAAACAGGAGCUACAAUCAGAAGUUUACAUGCUGUUGUGUUUGCUAGAGAAUGAGUAACGCAGGGCCUGUGAGGACUUUAGCUCUGUGCUGAAGUGCUGCAUUUAUUUCCUUUGCAAAGCAAGGCUUACUGUGAAAGAAGCAUCCUAGUGUACCGUUGCUUUGUAGUUAAUGACAGGUGUUUAAUGUGUCUGUACCAUUUAGGUGUCCUUUUCUUAAUUUAAUGAAGUAACUUAUGUUAAAAUAAAUUAUUUCACUGUGCUAGGUGACUGACAGGGAAAAAAAUCAGGUGAAAGUUUGGUGUUAUGUUUUCAGAUUUCUAUUAUCAUUAUCUUAUUAUUUCAGCUUCUCCAAUAUUUGCCCCAUGAUAUUGACAGCUUAUUAUUAGAUUUCAUUAGAAGCACAGCUUUUAAACACACAUAUGUAUAUAAUUUGAAACCCGUGCUUAUUCGAUUUAUUUAAACACUGCAUUACCUUCAUUACUGCCGUUUAGGAAACAGAGGUGAAAGUAUGUAAUUGUCUCUUAUUCAUAAAGUAAAAAAUUAAUUAUCCCACAUGGGGCUCUUAUUUUAUUUGGUACAAACACAUGGAUAAUAAUGCACAACUAGUAAGAAUAUUGUUUAUAAGGUUAAUUACAUCAUUUAUCAUUUAAAAAAGAAUAAUACAGAUGACUCUUCUGACUAAAUGUGAUUUUUAAAUUGAUGAAAAAUAAUCUUCUAAAUGUGACUUUUCACAAAAUCUGCUCCCUGUAUUUAGGAAAAUCCCAGGACAGAUCACUAGAGAUUAGAAAGUUAACUCCUUGCUUAGCCAAAAUAAUAUUUUGUGAAACUCUUGGAAUGAGUAUCCCAAGUGACAGGUGCAUUAGCAUCGCCAGUUGUAUUAGACCAGUGGGGAUAAGAGGCAGUGUUGGAUGCCUGCGUCCUGCUAUUCGGAACUUGUCAGUUUUUUAAAUUGAAUAAAUAAUUACACACAUUUACUCUACAGUAUGUUUCCAAAUCUGGUCCCUGUGGCAAAUCUGUUUAAAAAAAUUCCCGGGACAGAUCACUACUUCACUGGAGAUUAGAAGGUUAACCCCUUGCUUGGCCAAAAUAAUAUUUUGUGAAACUCUUAAGCUUAUCAGGCACAGCGUUGCCCGUGAUUUACUGUAGUGUUUUUCCUAUGCAAUACAAUCCGUAGUUGAAUUAGGCGAUGACUUUGUGCCAUACUCUGCGAUCUGAGGCCUCAUGUUUUACCAUCUCCGUGAUCAUAGAAAAUAAUUCCUGGCCACACACCUUCAGGGUAUAAAAACGAAUUUCUUUAAAAAUGAUGUAAGUAAUUGAAGCCAUCUGCCAAGCCAGAUUGUUUCUAUGAUGUGAACUGCUUUGACAAGUAAGAACUUUUUAGCAAUAUUAUCAAUAUGUGAGAAGAAAGUACAAUAUUCAAUCUACAUAAUUUCACCUUAAGAGAGGUUUUUUGGCUGCUUUCAUUACAAGGAUGCUUGUUAUUUUCUUGCUGCCUUUUUCUGUUUCUCACAGCUCCGAGUAUCUGUAAUGUUUUUUUUUGGAGGAGCAGUCUGCUACACUCAAUAGCAAUAUCUUAAAUGUGCCAAUUUGCUUCCCCAUGCUUGGUUCAAAUGACGUUCUAGAAAAUUUCAGAUUACGGGCCGUGUCGUCAAGAAGAAAAACAAGAAACGUUCUCUUAAUUAUUUUGUUACUAAUUAAAACAUGUGAAGAUGUCAAUAUUACAAGGAUAAUACCUGUAGUAAUUAUUUAACAUGCAGGCAUGUUGAUUUAAAUUGUUUUUUUUUAUUGCCUUUUCCUGAUUUAGUUUUUCUUGUGGUUACAUAACCCAUCAAUAAUUUCUGAUUUAUGCUUUGUUACCCAAAGCUGGAUAUUUUGGGCAGGACAUAUGAGUUAAAUAAUGUUAAGUCAUAUUUGUAAAUGUGGACAAAAACUGGCAACCCUAGAUACUGUCCUGUUGGUAAUGGUGUGAGAUCCCUGGUGACGUGCAGUGAAGUUGUACCAAUAGACAAUUCUGCCUUUUUUCCCUCUGUAUGCCUAUUCUUCAAACACCAGCUCACCACCUACGGAGGGCUUGUCCUGUAUGCGUCCUAGUUAAUAGGGAAUAGGGGCAGCCUGUCACCAUCAUCUCUUUUGGAAAUGAAACGUUUUGAGUGCUACUGAAGGGAUAGAACACCAUCUAUUGAAUUACUGCUUAGGAAUCUAAACAUUGAAGGAAAUGUGUAAUGCAAAUAUUUAUUCUCCAUGUGACAAGGAAGGACAGAUCAGACAUGAUCUUGGAACUUUUUAUAUUACUGUACCUCGAAGGCUUUGGUUUAAAAUAUACUUACAUGACAUAUUGGCCUAAUAACUUCUCUUCUCUAUACUUUGCUCCUUCAAGAGUACAGAUCGCCUAGUAUACCUCUAAUUGCUUUCUUUUUGGAAGUCAGUGGCUUGAACAAUGUUCAGAUUAUCAUUUAAUUUAUUUUUAGUUUUCCUUUAGCCUGUUCAUCAGUGUUCUAGUACUGAAGAUUAACGCCUGCAAUUUAGGUUGCUAAUUAAACUCAUUCGUGUAACUGAUUUUUAUUUUUACAGAGAGGGGUAUUAGCUGAAAUUGAGUAAUAUCAUGCCUACUGUGCUAUGCAUUCCCCCCUAGCUUCAGUGCACAAUGGCUGGGUAAGGUGGGAUCACUUGGCCUGGGCUCUCGGGUCUCAGCUACACAUUGACCCCUCUGGCCUCCCAGGCCCUUACAGGCAUGUGGUGCUGCUGGUGAGGGACGCGCCUCUCCUCCAAUUAGAGGCUGAGCAGGGUGGCUCGAGGGCUGGGGGGGAGGAGUCUGCCUACACUUCCUCUUCCUCCUCUCACCACGGACUUGAGGUUCAUAGCUGUGAGCUGAGAUGUUUAAAACACCAAAAAUCCAAAUCCAAAAGCGGUGGGAUUGUAUUUCAAGUUACAAAAAAGAAAUUGAGUAAUCUGAGAUCCUGCCACCACCUGCCAUCACCAAGAACAGCAAAAGUGUGCUUCGUCACAUUGUUAAUUGUUGCAAAGGCCCUGACAGGUAGCAUUUAUGGCACUCCUUCAUGCCUCUGAUGCAAUUCUUCUAAAAGUUCAAAUGAGCUGUUUAAAUGCUUCUUAAUAAACAGAUGAACGUGAAAAAAAAAACUAUGCAGGAAAUGGAAAGGACUGCCAAUAAAGACAUGGCAUGACUAUUUGAAAUUUCUAUUCUAUCAUAUUUCAUUGGAGAUUAUUCAGUUCUGUGCUCCACUCUGCUUUUAUACAGUACAGUCUAGCUUUCAGUAUUUAGAAUGAUUUUUAACAACAACCAACCAUCAGGCGCAGCUGAACUGCUGUUAGAGAAUUGCUUCAGUGGUACACUGUGAAGUCAGUCCUUCAGUUUCAGCCACCUCUGUAGAAAUAAAAACCAAAUGUUCACCCUCAUUUUUACUCCUUUGUUCAGUCGAAAUCCGUUAGAAUCCGUUUUGCCUCUGCAUUUCACUGGCAAACCUUUAUAGUAUUAGAAAAAUAGAAUUUUUUUGUCAUUCCAGCUACCUAAAGAGGGCAAGAUACACAGUCUUCUCAGAUCUAGAGAGACAUGCAAAUCUUUGAAGCAUCUUAGAAUUACUUUACUACCGCAAAAGAUUUUGAAAGCCCAAGCUGAUUAAAAAAAACAAUUGUGGUGGCCUGGAGAAUAAAAUGAAAAACCUUUGAGAUUCAUUUAGGUUUGUGGGCACAUACAUCGUCCAGUAUUCAGGGUUAUGGGUUAAUUUAUUGAGAUGCUAAUCAAAUUAAUAAUAUUAAAAUAUAAUGUGUUGGAGAAAAAAAACGACUUUGAUUGAUUGUCAGAUAAAUGCAAAUCUGUGUUUUUGCUUUCUGUGUUAAGGAUGCUCUUGUAGUCAGUGGCCCAGGUCCUACUGUUAUCUUCAUGUAAAUGGUUAUUUCAGACGUUUCAUACUUUAUGUUAAAGCUCUGCUAUCUGAAGAGAUGGGACAUACCGGCCAGCUAAGGAGAUAAAAGAUUAGCUUAAUUUUUUAUUUCCUUUUUUUGUUAAUCUUGUGUUCUAAUCAAGUAGCUGUAAAAAGGGAUACUGUAUUCAGAAGACAAAAAAAAAGUUCUGAAGGCAUUUGUAGCCACUGUUUGUACACAAAAUGUUAAAUAAAAACUCCUGUAUCUAUGUAACUCUGA